AUGGCUUGUGUCAAUUGUUUCGCUAUCCUUUUUGCCCUAUUGACCCGUUGCACUAUGGGUUCGUCAAGCUGGAUCGAGCAUCGAAAUCUCGAACGGAGUGCGCGAGAGCUCAACACGACAGACCAAGAUGAAGUCAAGGUAUUCAUCCAACACUGGGCCUCAAUUGCCCACCAGAACAGCCCGAGACAUCCUCCAUUGGCUUCCCAGGCAGCCAUAUUCGACUUGGAGAUCGUCCGACGGCAGGAAGGUUGCUCAUGGACCGGUGGCGGCACUUGUAAUGCUGGCUAUCGAUGCUGUGGUUCAGUGGACAACGGCUGGUGCUGUCCAUCGGAUUCGGCAUGCUGCGCCGAUGGUAGCAGAUCGUGUUGCGAUAUAGGGACAACUUGCUGUCUACCAAGCGGUGCCCAAAGUUUUUGCUGCAAUCCUGACCAGGCCUGUGACAACACCAAUCUAAUAUGUAAAGAUCAAACGGUCACGGAAACAUCAACUACGACCGCAUGGGAAACCGAAACCAAUUGGGAGACGGUUUCCGAAGACGCAACGACGACCGAAGAGACCACGAGCACUUCAGACUCAACAAUCCAUGUCACAUUAUCCGACGUGAACACGGGAACGACGACCAUUACCACGACAAAAACCAUCACGGACUCUGCGGACUCUGCAACCGAGCGAUCGAAGCGAUUUGUGUUCGCGUACCCCCGGAAGACGCAAUGGCUCGAAGCUUCGUAUACGAGCCAGACCACGAAAUGCACAAUGGCUCCGGCGCAAAUAUUCUACGUUAGGCCCGCUCCAAGCCUCAAUUCCCUUGCGGAAGUACUACUUCGCCGCGGGAUUGAAGUUCAUCGACGUGAUACCGUUACGGAGACGGACUGGGUGACCGAGUCGGCAACUGCCACGGUCACGGACACAACAACUGAGACCGAGUGGCACACGGAGUGGGCUACAUCAGUGGAGAUUGACGAGGUCACAAAGACGCACUAUGCCAAGGCCGAGGAAAUGGUUACGAUCACCGAAACGGAGACCAAACAUGUUGAAGCCUCGGCCUCCGACCCUGGCGCUACGGCAUUGAGCGAGUCGACAGGCUCGAACUCGGACGGCCCAUCCACUGGAACAAUUGUUGGUGCAGCUGUCGGGGGCGUCGUCGGCGUUGUCUUGCUUCUAGCUGCUGUCUGGUGGUAUCGUCGUCGCAAUAGCACUGCAGGUGAACCUCCUGUGGUAUCUAGACCCAACAGCGACGUUCAAGUUCAGCCUGUCGUAACGGAGACUCAGAGCCCGAAGCCCGUCGUGCCAAUCAACACUCGGCCAGCAGGCUAUGAAUACACUCCUGCCGAUCCAUAUGAAUUUAACGGAACUGCCGCCGUUGCGUGGACCCAGGAACACCGGCACAGCAACACGGGAUCCUGGGGCUCGUCGCCUCCACCAACAUACCUGAGAAAUACGCCGCUUGAAUUGUCCGGGACACCGUCGCCGUAUGCCGAACAUGCAGAACUGCCGUCGUCACCUCGAAUGUACUCACAUGAGAUGGAAAGCCAACAAGGUUAUUAUCCGGCAGGGUAUAGCAGAUAA